AUGGCAAACUUUUUAUUCUAUGCAGCCUAUAAUAGAGAACAUGGAAGAAGAGGUCUGCGAAGAGAAAGAAUCUUUAGAGACAGAACGCAUCCGUUUGAUGCAUACAAUGACAGCAAAAUAAUCGCUAGAUAUAGAUUGCCUAGGCAUGUUGUUGGUGAUCUAGUGGAUCAACUUGAAGAAGAGCUCUCGCCAAGAACAAUGAGAUCUAGGGCCAUACCUACCUCUCUGCAAGUGUUUGCGGCACUAUGAUUUUACGCAACUGGAAGUAUUCAGCAAACGGCUAGCGAUACACUGGGAAUCAGCAAGGCAUCGCUGUCAAGAAUAAUUUACAGAGUGUCACGAGCACUGGCAAAUCACGCCAACCAGCAUGUUUACUUUCCUGAAGAUCAAGGCAGUGUGAACAAGCUAAAACUGGUCUUCUACAACGUCGCUGGAUUUCCUAACGUACGUGGAUGUGUUGAUGGCACACACAUUGCAAUAGCUGCGCCUAAGUAUGAUGAACAUAUAUACGUCAACAGAAAACAGUACCACUCGAUAAACGUGCAAGGCAUAUGCAGCGCUAACCUAGAAUUUGUCAACAUUGUGGCUCGCUGGCCCGGCAGUAGUCACGACUCUUUUGUUUUCCAAAACUCACACAUUGGAAAUACGUUCGCAACGGGAAACAUUGACGGUUGGCUGCUUGGUGACAGUGGGUAUCCACUUCGACCAUAUCUCAUGACAUCUAUCCUGAAUCCAAAUACAGAAUCCGAACGAAGAUAUAACCGUGCUCACAAAGGCACACGGUACAAAAUAGAGUGUGCAUUUGGUGUGUGGAAACUACGCUUCCGAUGCCUACAUCUGUCUACAGGUGGAGCACUACGAUAUACCCCGGACAAAGCAUGUCGGAUAAUUAUGGCAACCGCUGUACUACAUAACAUUGCAGUACGAGAGAAGAUCCCACUCCUCCCUGAUGAGAAUAAGGCUGAAUUCGGAGGUGACGAUAUUAAUGUGGGCGAGAGACCUAAUGACAAUGCAGAUGGGAGGCGUGUGCGGGAGCAGCUGAUACAACAAAGAUUUGCAAUGUAA